UUUUUGCUGCAACUGAUCUUAUGUUAGUGACCAUAUUUUAAACUUCUUGCACGAGUCCGAUAGAUUCGAUAUUCCUUCAUUUUUCUUUAGAAAGAUGGAGUGUUCGAAUCAUCAUUUUCAAAACUAAUUAAAGUACUAGUCGCAAUAGUCAAGUGUUUAACAUUAUUCUAUUGUUUUUACCGCGCUAAAUCAACCUGCGAUCAUGUCAAUGUCACUAUAGCCGGUGAAAUAAUGUGGCUAUGUAGUGGUUUUCUAUGUUUUCCAUAAGACGGUUGUCAUGCCAACUGGAACACUGUUUUGUUUUGAUUUGGUUACGUUUAACGACUUUUGUGUUUGCUUAAUGUAUUCCGAUUAAACUCGUAAAAAAAGGAAAUUGAGAGUGAGGCUGAUUUUGUCUGUGUGUCAAGGUUGAACAGUCAAUGAAAAUAUGUCGAACAUGUGUCCCGAAUUCGAGCGAUAUUCAUUCAAAGCGAAUUGGUUCCAGAAAGAAGCGGAUAUGUGCAGACCAUUUAUAAUAAAUGUUUUCCCCAAAGAUAAUUCCGUGGAAAUCUUCGAUGAGCGAUCCCGAAAAAUGUUUAUGAGACGAUCUCCGCUGGACACAUUAAAUGCUGUUAACCACGAACGGGCAACAUCAAAACAAAUUUAUGUGGGCGCAAAAUUGAACAUAUUCGGAAGACAAUUUGACAUUACCGACUAUGCCGAUGAUGUGACGAAAUUUAAAUUGUCUUCACACCGAGAAUCUGCUUUUUGUCUUCUAAAGCCGCAUGCGAUACCAUUCACUGACAAGAUACUAAAUCAAUUUAGAGACGAACGACUAACGAUAGGCAACUGUAAAAUGGUUCAAUUGGACAGAGAUUGUGCGAGCCGUUUACUCAUGCAGGAAAUGGCAGAUGUCAGUCCUACGUUACCAGACUUGGUGGAAUCAAUAACGCAAGGACCGGCUCUAGCGUUGGAGCUUUUUGGACAGAAUGCAAUUCGAAAAUUAUUAGAUAUUUUAGGACCAGAUAACCCCGAUGAUGCCAAAGAACUAUGCCCCAACAGCAUUAGAGCAAAAUAUGGAAUGAGUUUAUUCAAAAAUGUGGCCUUCUGUUCGAAAUCCGCUGCUUCAACCGAAGUGAAUAUUCGAUUUUUCUUCACUGAAUAUCAAGUCGAACCAUACGUGACUAUGAAUGGAACACUGGCUAUCGUUAAGCCUCAUGCUGUCCUAGAUGGAAAGCUUGGCGAUAUUAUUUCGAUUAUUUACGAAAAUAACUUCAGAGUGACUGCAAUGAAAAUGAUGUACAUGGAACGUGGAAAUUGUGAAGAGUUUUUGGAAGUUUAUAAAGGUGUUGCUCCUGAGUAUAAUAAAAUGGUGCUAGAGUUUAUCAGUGGACCAACUGUGGGGCUGGAGAUUAUAUCAUGUGAUUCGCAUAUCGAAUCCCCGACCAAAUCACACUGUGAUUUUCGUAAUCUAUGUGGACCCAGUGAUCCAGAAAUCGCCAGACGGAUACGACCAAGAACCAUCCGCGCAAAAUUUGGAACUAAUUUAAUUCAGAAUGCUAUACAUUGCACAGAUCUGCCGGAUGACAUCGAGUUGGAAUUGAACCGGUUUUUUAAAGUGUUUCACUGAUAGAAUAGCCUUGUAGUCUCAAACAUUUUAUUUUUAUUUUCUAAUUGUACGUCACACAUCUUCCGAACUUGUUCUGGAAACUUGCACAUUUUGUGAUUUUGUAUUGAAAUUAUGAACUUCAGCGUCACGAUUUUCUUGUUCGUAAAACGAAGCGAUAUAACUAAAAACUAUUGUACAUACAAACAUAAACGUUGCAUAGAAGAAGAA